AUGGAUGAGAAGCACCGAAAUAUUUCCAGCUCCUCCAUGGGGAAGCUGGUUGCUUUUUCGCAUCCGAAUGAUGCAUUGGGUCCUUACUGGACCGAUUCAAAUACACCUACUCGAAGAAACUCUAUCCGUUCUGCUUAUUCACGUUCGGACGACCCCCAUGACUCUGCUGCCUCUGGACUCGACGAGGAGGCUCAACUGCCCAUCAAACGCAAAGGCACACCAGUUUUCGACGCUGCGCAUGAUUCGGACGGAACCAAAUCACCUCCAGCGGUAGAUCCCUACGACCCUAACCGCCCCAAGCUCGCCAUUAAGCAACGCCUCCAUCACUUCACAUGGGCUUGGUACACCUGGCCCAUGAGUACGGGAGGUUUGGCAUUGCUCAUUGGCAGCCAACUUAAAACGUUUCCCGGCCUCGAAAGUAUCGGUUUCGGCGUAUACUUCAUCAACCUUGUUCUCUUCUCUGCGGUCACGAUUGGCCUUGCCCUCCGUUUCUGGUUUCAUAAAGGCGACUUCGUGCGUUCCAUCACCCAUCCUCGAGAGGGUUUCUUUGUACCAACUGCGUUUCUUGCAUUCGCAACCAUCAUCACGAGCACGCAUAGAUACUGGAUCCCCGAUAAUGAUUCAGCACUGUCGUGGGCCAUCCAGGGCGUUUUCUGGGGAUAUGUUCUUCUCACUCUUGCCCUUGCGAUCGGCCAGUACAGCUAUGUCUUUUCUUCCCACAGUCAUGGACUUCAGACUAUGGUGCCCACCUGGAUUCUUCCCAUCUUCCCCAUCAUGCUGUCGGGUACAAUUGCGUCCGUCAUCGCGAAAACCCAAGCCGAAAUUUCCAUCUUGCCUGUUGUUGGAACCGGUCUUACCUGCCAGGGACUUGGUCUGUCGGUCGCAAUGCUGAUGUAUGCACACAUGAUUGGACGACUUAUGCAGACCGGUCUGCCCAACCGUGAGCAUCGACCCGGCCUAUUCAUGUGCGUCGGCCCUCCCGCCUUCACAGCGCUGGCUAUUAUCGGUAUGGCCAAGUCUCUUGAGCGCUCAUCUGCCCUCAAUGGCUUGUUGUUAGACAAGGUGAUUCUCUACAACAUGGCCAUCAUCUUCGCUGUGUUCCUUUGGGCACUGAGCCUGUGGUGGUUUGGCAUUGGAGUGGUCGCCGUGCUGCAGUCACCUCCCAAAUAUUUUCAUCUUGGUUGGUGGGCUGCUGUCUUCCCCAACACAGGUUUCACUCUGGCGUCCAUCUCUAUGGCCAGGGAGUUUGGAAGCGAGGCUCUCAUGUGGUGCACCACUGUCAUGAGCAUCGUGAUGAUUUGCAUCUACUUGUUUGUUCUUACGUUCCAAAUUCGGGCUGUGAUUGUCCAGGACAUUAUGUAUCCUGGUAGGGACGAGGACGUGGAAGACCACUAG